CGAAUAAAUAUUUUCCGCGAGUGCGCAUGCGCAGUCCUCUGUCCUCUGUUGCCACUCAGUUGUUGUAGUUACCAGGAAGAUUAAGCGCGAUGAUCAAUUGGCCUUGGAGAUACCAGCUAGCAGUAAGCAGGCGCUCAGGCAUAAAGGUGGAGGUGAUAGGUGCCAUGAUAAAACCUGCACGCUUGAUCCCAGGAAGAUUUCACUGGGCAGCUCGUCCCCUCUUACUGUGAGGAUGCCAGCUGUGAUCCGGGAUAAGGAGGACUCUGAGUCCUCCUCAAAGAACGAGCAUGAAGACCAUCCCUGCAUCGCCUGGAGCGGCCUUAGGAAGACCGUCCCAGUUCUCUUGUUUUUCCCUGAAGCUGUUGUCUCAAAAGAUGCCAACAUCUGCUCUGCUGGAGGGCGAUAUCACAUGGCCUUCAAGAUCGUGCGCACGGAGAGCCGCCUGGUGCGAGAACUGCUCACCAAUCACGGAUUCCAUGAGGUUCACCAGAACAGUAACGACUUCAACCUCAUGUGGACAGGGUCUCACCUCAAGCCUUACUUACUACGCAGCCUACAAGACUUCCAGAAGGUCAACCACUUUCCCAGGUCGUAUGAACUGACGCGCAAAGACCGCCUGUAUAAAAACAUCCAGCGAAUGCAGCAGACUCACGGCUUCAAAGACUUCCAUAUCGUUCCUCAGACUUUUGUGCUUCCCUCUGAGUACCAGAAAUUCUGCAAUUGUUUUGCCAGGGACAAGGGUCCAUGGAUUAUAAAACCAGUAGCAUCUUCAAGAGGGCGAGGCAUCUACUUGGUCAGCAAUCCAAAUCAGAUCUCAAUGGAUGAAAACAUCUUGGUGUCUCGCUAUAUUAAUAACCCACUACUGAUAGAUGAGUUCAAGUUUGACAUGCGGUUGUACGUGUUGGUAACUUCAUACGAUCCACUCCUUAUCUAUUUGUAUGAGGAGGGCCUGGCCAGGUUUGCCACAGUCAAGUAUGACCAGACUUCAAAGAGCAUUAAGAACACAUUCAUGCAUCUCACCAACUACAGCGUGAACAAAAAGAGCAGCGAUUAUGUCAGCUGCGAUGACCCUGAAGUUGAGGAUUAUGGGAACAAGUGGAGUAUGAGUGCAGUGUUGAGGUAUUUGAAGCAGGAGGGGAAGGACACCACAUUGCUGAUGAGACAGGUGGAGGACCUCAUCAUCAAAGCAGUACUGAGUGCUGAGCUGCAGAUAGCCAACGCCUGCAAGAUAUUUGUUCCCCACAAGACAAACUGCUUUGAGCUGUAUGGUGUUGACGUGCUCAUUGACUCAAACCUCAAACCCUGGUUGCUAGAGGUGAAUCUUUCUCCCUCCCUAGCCUGUGAUGCACCCUUGGAUCUGAAGAUAAAGGCCAGCAUGAUUGCAGACAUGUUUUCGCUUGUGGGCUUUGUGUGUCAGGACCCCCUGGACCCCGGCCUCAAGCACCAAGCAGCUCAAAAAACACAGAAACCUCUUUCUGCAACGACAGCCACUGCCCGCAGCAGAUUGCGACAGAGGCCCGCAUCAGCCAGUAACUCAGAAACAGAGGGAUCCAAGGACAAGCAAGGAGCUAAACAGGGCCAAAGAGACAGCACUCUGAGCUUGACUGCUGAGGAGAUCAAAGUGCUGAGGAGGAUAAAGGAGGAGUACGAGAGACGAGGAGGAUUCAUUAGGAUUUUUCCCACUGCAGAAACAUGGGAGCUUUAUGGUGGAUAUUUGGAGUCCAAGACAUCAAUGAACUACAAGUUGGCAAACAGACUUUUCCAUGAAAGGAAUGUGAACGGGAAUGUGCAGCUGCAGGUGGACGCCGUCCACGGCUGUCACGUUGUCCAGUAUGAGAGGAAGCUGCCGCCUCUGGAGGCACAUAAAGUCAGCAGUGACCCAGACAUCAAGGAUGCUGACAGCCAGCCUUCUGUCCAGACUUUGUCUGAAGACCAACAGGCAGAUGUCAGAGCUGGUAAAACCCAGCCAGAGGUCCAGGCCUCCCAGCACUACUCCGACUUCCCUGCCACUAUAGACUGCACACCCAUUCAUCCACAGCACUGCUCUCCUGCCCCGACCUCCCCGCCUCUCCAUUGCCCGCCACCGCCGCCACCUCCUCAGCCACCAUCCUAUGCGCAGUCCCUGGCAAAGUCUCACUUCUGCCAUUCCGAGCCUCUUUCCGACCCUCCUGCGUACACCUCUGCAGUUGUGGUCACUCAGCCCCCGAGAGCAAUGUGGACAGCUGUUUCCACUGGCUCUAACACACUCUGUACUGGGCAACCAACCCAGAAGCUCAGGAGGAUUAAGCCCUUUACCUCAUCACCGUCCAGCUCUGGAGCAGCCUCUUCCAUCCCAUGUGCCAUGCACAUCUAUAGCCAGACGCUUUCUAGACCCAUCUCUGCAGGGCAAGGGAUCAAGAGGAGCAGCUCCAGUAAGCUGAUGUCAAACUCAUCAGGGACAUUCCAAGAGUUAAGCUCCCUGUCUGCCCAGGUCCAGUCUAACCAGCAGGCCUUCAUCUCAGCACUGCCAAAGAUGGCCGACAAGCAGGUCGCUCGCCACUAUGCCACCUCAAGUCAAAUCAACCUGCUGACGCAACACCUGAGCAACAUGAUCCUGGCCAACAGGAUGCUGCUGGGCAGAGAGAGCUACACGCUGAACCCUAAAGUACGACAUAGUGCACCUACACCCCAGGGCCCAGUGAAGGCUGUUCACUCUGGACCAGAUCGAUGUAGCAGCACCAGCCACAGGCCGUUGAAGAAUGAGAAGGGCCUCUGGGACGAGCAGGUGUGCCAGAGUGCCAACAGUUUGGUGACGGGGAUGAACUACCAGCAGCACUACCAGCCCGCCCAAGGAAGCUACCAGCUUCAGUUUGCUAUCCAGAAACUACAACAGCAGAGACUCCAGUCUCAACAGCUGCUGGACCAGAGCCAUUGCAGAUACCAGGCUCAGUUUCCAAACCAGACAACGUCUCCACACUCCCAGGCUCCCACAGAUUCAUCCAGCUGCCCUCCACCCGGCUAUCAUGUCCGGCCCGGUCAUGGUCAUGGCCACAGUCACGUCCGAACUUGUGUUAGUCCCGUUCUCGCCCCGAAGCCACCCAGCGAUGCCAGAGAGGGGCAGACCAGGAAAAAUGCAAGGAAGCGCCUCGUCAAGCAGAUGUCUGCGGAGAGUUCGGCCAGUGGAAGCGGGUCCAGCGACCAGCAUACAGUCUACAAAGCCAUCUGUGGCCAAACAGGUCUUUCUGUGUACCACAAGCUGUUCCAGGGCCAGCAACCUGCUCACAGAUGACAGGAAGGCAACCAGAGGCCCGUCCUGCCCCUCUGCUGGCCUGACAGGUGUCUCUGCAUGUAACUACAUCCUCACAGAGGUGUAUUCUGGGAAAGGACAACAGCAGCACAUGAAAGCAUGCCAGACAUCGAACAGGGCCCUAUUAACUUCUCGGUGAUACAGCCACAGACAUGCGAGAGGAUGGUCGGCGAGGCCAGGAAUGCCCAGCUUUGACGCAGGUCGGGAUUUUGUUGCUCAGCUCAACAUCAGUUGGCCUUUUCAGCUCUCCUCUCCCCCCCUUCUCCCCCUUCCCCUCAUCCCUCUCGGCUUUACUCAGUCUUUAUACCAACAGUUGUGCGCCCUCAUUCCCUCCAUUCUACUGAUGCCACACAGAGAUUUCACUGACAGAUAGCCUUCAGCAGAUGCUUCCUCAAUGCCCCAGCGGCAUUCUACAUAGGGGAUUCAACAAUUUAUUCUUUACUCGUGCAUGAACUGCAUGUGCUCCGCGAGCCAUUCAUGCUGACUUUUUCUUCCUAUAAAGUUACACAAACAGGUAAGGUGGGGCUUUGCUAACAAAGGGUUUUGUAGAGGUUGCCUGUGCAGCUCCUCCCCUCACUCACAUGAAGAAGUUUCUUUCACGUGUGGCUUCUGGCAUCAGAAACUCCAACUCCUGGCCCUUGUUUGACGCCAAAUUUCUGCCAAAUCACACUCCAUGGCCAUUGCCUAAGAAUGUGCUAGAGUAAAGCAUCCUUAAGGCUGAAAUUGUGAGUUUGAAUACGAAAUGGCAGCCUUUUCACCCUUGACGAUGUAAACCCGAUGCCAGGCAGUUUUAUCAGCUAUAUAGUUGGCUUGUGAUUGUUACUGUAAACUGUUGAGAUGUUGUUGUUGUUGGCCUUAGAUGGACCAAAUGUAAUUUUAAAAGGAAAUAAAUUAUUGUUAUUGCAUCAGUAUAUAUUUAGUGUUUACCAUAAGGCCUUUUUUCUGGCCGGUUCUGUAGCUCAAAGCAUAACAUAAAGAGGAAUUAUGGUUAUGCACAGCCUUGCCUACAAUGAAGGUUAAUGCUGCACCAGCAGACAAUGUCCUCGUGGAUAUUCUGCUGCUUGGGACCAUGUAGUGAGUUCACUCAGGGCGUGUUAAUAGAAUAAAACAUAUCUGUUGUAUAUCAAGAGAUUCAGCAUAUGUUUAUGAUGUCUGUGUCAGGAAUACUUGAAUUUCAUGCAUGUCUUUUUCAUAUCAACUGAUGAUUCCCAUCAGGAUGAUUUUGCACAGAUUGUAAUUUCAAUGCAGUACAACAGAACUGGUUUUAAUACACUUACUUGAUGGUAUUUCUUUUGUAGUGAUGUUAAACGUUGUGGAUUUACUGCUGUCAAUGCCAGUGCAUGCUGUGUUACAAGAAUCCAACAGUGGAAUCCCAAUCGGUGUGUAUAUUCUCCUGUUGUUUACAGUCAGGCAUUUAAUCUGUUAAACUGCUGAUUGUUCACAGCACACAUGCAUGGAAAUGUAAUAUUUCAUGGAUUCAUCUUGGCAGUCUGUAUGAAACAACAUGAGAAGGGAAGACCUCGAAAACAUUAAAACAUGCUGAUCGUG